AGCGAGUGUGAGCGACACGGACUGUUUGUAGGUUAGAGAAAGAUUGCUGUGGCCGUGGAUAAGAGGAUUUGGGUGGAAUUAGUGUCAUUCCUCUAUCGCCGCGAGGAAAAGAUUCAUAUCGAUUUUAAUCAGAGAUAGAACCACAACCCCGGAGUCCAAGCAGGCAGAGUGAGGAAGAGGAGGCAGUCAGCAGGUUUCCUCAUGUCUUUGCCCUGCUGUGAAGUUUCUCUGCCAUCCAGGAGCCGUGAAGAGGAGGCAGCAGCGGUCCGCAGCGGGAUGCUGGACUCGAACCUCCGGCUCUGAGUGUGGAUGUUCCUGGCGGCAGAGCAGGGCGCUCGCUGCGGCGGGGAUGCUGCUCUGGUGUCGGUUUUGGCAGGGAGACCUGUGAAAAAUGAAGGCGGACGUGUUGGCUUGCCUGGCUCUGACAGCGGCCAGCUUUGUUGCCACGGCGACCGGCGGCCGCAGCUCCAACCGCAGGAGACACAAGGAGGUUUUCCUCGGAGAAAACAGCAAGUUCAAGUUUGGAGGACGCAUCGAUUACAAGCUGAAGAGGCAGGACAGCACCAAAACGCUGCUAAUAAAAAGUGAACAACUGCUGAGGAUCGAGGAACAAGACUUCGCCAUUAGACCAGGCUUUGGAGGUUCAGCCAUCCCGGUGGGCAUCGAUGUGCAGGUGGAGAGCAUUGACAGCAUCUCUGAGGUCAACAUGGACUUCACCAUGACUCUGUACCUGCGUCACUACUGGAAGGAUGAGCGGCUGUCGUUUCCGUCCCACACCAACCAGAGCCGGACGUUCGACUCCCGGCUGGUGAAGAAGAUCUGGGUUCCUGACGUCUUCUUCGUCCACUCCAAGCGCUCCUUCAUCCACGACACCACCAUGGAGAACAUCAUGCUGCGGGUUUACCCCGACGGAAACAUCCUCUACAGCGUCAGGGUGACGGUAACGGCUCUCUGCUCCAUGGACUUCAGCAGUUUUCCUCUGGACACUCAGAACUGCUCUCUGGAGCUGGAGAGCUAUGCUUAUAAUGAGAACGACCUGAUGCUUUACUGGAAGAACGGGAACGACUCUCUGAGGACGGAUGAGAUCGUUUUGUCCCAGUUCUUCAUUAAGCAUUUCCACGCCUCCAGUGGCCUCGCCUUCUACAGCAGCACAGGUUGGUACAACCGACUCUUCAUAAACUUCAUCCUGCGGCGCCACAUCUUCUUCUUCAUGCUGCAGACGUACUUCCCCACCAUGCUGAUGGUCGUCCUGUCCUGGGUUUCCUUCUGGAUCGACCGCAGAGCCGUUCCCGCCCGCGUGUCUCUGGGUAUAACCACCGUCCUCACCAUGUCCACCAUCAUCACCGGAGUGUCCUCAUCCAUGCCUCAGGUGUCGUACGUGAAAGCUGUGGACAUCUACCUGUGGACCAGCUUCCUGUUUGUCUUCCUAUCUGUCAUCGAAUAUGCUGCCGUCAACUACUGCACCACCCUGGAGGAGAUGAGGAAGAUGAGGAGGGGGAAGAUCCCCUCCACCUUCAACGCCAGCCAGGCCAUGGCCUUUGAUGGCUGUUUCCAUGACAACGACAUCGAGCUGACCACCUUUCCUCGGAUGGCGCCGACACUGACCUCCGACCCCCUUACGGCCCCGAGCCCGAACUCGGACCCGCGGCCGCCGGAGGGGACGCGUCUGCGGCGGCAGCGGUCGGUGCGGGAGAACGUGGAGCUGCUGGUGAACAACAGCUACAUGAUCGACUCGUACUCACGCCUGGCCUUCCCGCUGUCCUACCUGCUCUUCAACACCGUCUACUGGAGCCUGUACUGCUGACCGGAUCCAUGAUGACUGGAUCUGUGCUGCACAGUCUGCAGGGCGAGUCGGACUGAUUCAAUCAGCCAAACGCUUAACAUCCUGACAGUACAGCAUUUCUUUUUUUGGAUUUUUAAAACUGUGUGUGUUUUCUUUUUGUCUUUUGUCAUGAUCAAAUGUUAUGAUAUUUUGUG